AUGGCUUCCGUCGCUUCCAUCCUCGGGCCCCGACGAUGGCUGGCCGCCGUGGCUCUGGCCCUCGGCCCUCUGGCAGCCCUGGCGGAAAAGUCGGCCGCCGAGUACUACGUCCACAACCUUCCUGGCAUUCCUGAUGACCAGGCGCCGGUCAAGAUGCAUGCAGGUCACAUCGAAAUCAACCCCGACUCGAACGGCAACCUCUUCUUCUGGCAUUUCCAGAAUAAACACAUCGCGAAUAAACAAAGAACAAUAAUUUGGGUCAAUGGUGGACCGGGCUGCAGCUCCGAGGAUGGCGCGUUGAUGGAAAUUGGCCCGUACCGACUAAAGGACAAGGAUACGCUUGUCGCGAAUAACGGAUCAUGGAAUGAAUUCGCGAAUCUCCUCUUCGUCGACAACCCCGUCGGGACUGGGUUUAGCUACGCCAACACCGAUAGCUACGUACACGAGCUCACCGAGAUGGCGACCCAGUUUGUCCAGUUUCUGGAAAAGUUCUUUGCCAUCUUCCCUGAGUACAGCCGCGAUGAUAUUUACAUUGCCGGAGAGUCUUAUGCUGGACAGUAUAUCCCCCACAUUGCGCGAGCGAUACUCGACCGCAACAGCGAGAGACCCGAUAAAUGGAGUUUGCAAGGCAUAUUGCUCGGAAACCCAUGGAUGUCUCCCAGCGAGCAGUAUGACUCUUACCUAAAGUUUGCCUUCGAAAAGGGAUUGGUCGACAAGGACUCGGAGACGGGCAAGCGGCUCAAGGCUAUGGAGCGUGUCUGUCACACCAUGAUGGCCAGCGACCCUGGCAAGAUCAGCUACAGCGAGUGCGAGGAAAUCCUGACGGAACUUCUCCUUGUGACCAGAAAGAAGGGUGCCGGAGAUCAGGAAUGUAUCAACAUGUACGAUGUCCGUCUCAAGGACUCAUACCCUAGCUGCGGCAUGAACUGGCCUCCGGACCUGAGCGCCGUCACGCCCUACCUGCGACGCGACGACGUCGUCAGUGCGCUGAACAUCAACUCGGAGAAAAAGACUGGAUGGCAGGAGUGUAAUGGUGGCGUUAGCGUCGCGUUCCGCCCGCAGACUUCUAAGCCGUCCGUUGAGCUCAUGCCAGGUCUUCUCUCGGAGAUUCCGGUACUCAUCUUUUCCGGCGCCGAGGAUCUUAUCUGCAAUCACAUCGGCACCGAAGACUUGAUUGAGAACCUGAACUGGAACGGCGGCAAAGGCUUUGAAGUAACUCCCGGCAACUGGGCCCCACGUCGCAACUGGACCUUUGAAGAUACGGAUGCCGGCUUCUGGCAGAGCGCCCGCAACCUCACCUACGUUGUGUUCAACGACGCAUCGCACAUGGUUCCCUUUGACUACCCUCGUCGCUCGCGCGACAUGCUGGACCGCUUCAUGGGCGUCGACAUCAGCAGCAUCGGUGGGGACCCCACAGAUAGCCGCAUCGAUGGCGAAAAGGGUCUCGAGACAACAGUCGGUGGCUCUGUGAACCCCAAGGAGAGCGAGGAGGCUGUCAAGCAGAAGCUGAAAGAGGCCAAGUGGGCUGCGUACCAGCGCUCUGGUGAGGUUAUUCUCGUCUUUGUCAUACUCGGCGCGCUGGGCUUCAUCUUCUUCGUCUGGCGCCAGCGCCGCAAGGGCGCCGCCUACAGCGCUCUCCGCGGCGAGGAACCCAUGGGCUCCAGCCGCCACAUCCCUGUCGGCGAUAUCGAGGCGCAGGAGGAGGGCAUUGCCCUACAGAGCAACAUUCUGCCCACUGACAAGUACUCCGUCGGCGAUGACAGCGACGACGAUGACGCCAGACCAACGAAAGGCGUAGAGAAGGGCAAGCAGGCAAGCGAGUCCCGUGAUGAGAGUUAA